UUGUUUUUCAUAUAAAAACGUCGCUAUACAAAGCUUUCAAAAUCUGAAUUGUCCGUCCCUUCUUGACUCUCUUCCCAUUUCAAGAAUCAUUCUUUAACACCACCCCUUAACCCCUCUUGAAACCUCCUCCACCGCCGCCAUCCCUUUUUCUCUUCCUUCAAGGCUCCAAAACAAUGAGUUUUAAACACAAAGAACCUGUGGAGAUAUGCAAGAAGGAAGAAGGGUUCUCAGGUACUUACUACAAUGCAACUCUUCUGGCUGCAAUAGGAAGGAACAAGUACUUGGUACGUUACGAUACACGUUUCACCGACGACGGAACAAGGUACCUUACUGAAGCUGUUGACUCGGAUGAAGUCAGGCCUUUGCCCCCAGAAAUUUCUUACACCAACUUCGUCGUGUCUGACAGGGUUGACGCCUAUGUCAACUUCGCUUGGCGGGUGGGAACUGUUACAAGAAAAGUUGAUCCUAACUACUAUGUGAAGUUGGAUUGUAAUGGGAAUGAAGAGCAUUGUGCUUUCUAUAAAGUUAGGCUUCAUCUUGAAUGGCAAAAUGGGAGUUGGUUCUAUCCUGGAAGUGGAUCUCAAAGCAACCAAGCAAGCACAUCAGCACAAGGGGGUCAGCCUGCAAAAGAUGGCAACCAAGCAAACACAGGACAUCAGGGGGGUCCAGCCUAAAAAUGAGGAUGACCAACCAAAUUCAGGCCAAGGACGGGACUAGUCUAGAACUCUAGAUGCCACCACUGAACAUCUGUUCCUUUCUUUCUUUCUUUCUUUUCUUUUUUACUUUCAACCCCGACAGGCUGAUAGUAGAACAAAGUAGAUAGAAAACAUUGCUGAUAAGUUUGUUUUGCAACUUUAUGGCACAAAAUGGGCGAGCUUUCAUUAGUUUAGAUAUUGGUUUACAGUAGCAUUUAACUGUAUCAUUAGUUACUGAGCUGUGAAACCAUUCUAAUUUGUUCCCUUGAGAUGACACAUUAGCAUGAAUUGUAUAUACUUCUUUGUCGUGGUUCAUAUGUUCUUCGCCAGCUUUAUCUAAAACAUGAAAAUCUUGUGGGGAUUUUGAUAGAGGGAAACAGCACUA